GAAAGCAACAAGCCGCAAUUGUACUAUGCACUGGUGCCGAAUAUUCGUUCAGGACAAACCAAUAUGCUCGUUUUCGUGUUAAUAUUUUUUAGCACCUUUUUUUACAAACAUACAGCAAUUUCAAACUGCUUGAGCACGUCUGGAUUCUGUGUCAAUCUGACCAACUGCUGCUAACAACGUCUAAUGACAAAAGAAAAAAAAAAAUCACCAGCAAACCUCCUUUCAGGCACUGAAAUAGCAGCGAUAACACAACAUUAUCGGCCCCGCGCACAUCCUGCCUCUCCAAGUCUCGCACCGCCUUGGGGAGUGGGGGAGGGGGCGCUAUUAUAGGAGCAGGUGGUCGCCCUUAUAUGGGCACAGCCCCGGUCACGUGAGCAGAGAAUGGCGGAAGCCGCUGGCCGCCUGCGAACCCAGCAUCUCCCGAGGAAGACGAGGAGGUUGGAGGAAGAGGAGGGGGUGGAGGCUGGGAGCAGGAAGUAGGAGACGGGAGCUUCUUCUUCCCGGUAGCGGUCCUCCUUGGGAUGGACCUGGCGUCGCACAGCAAGAUGAACUCUGAGGACAGUGACGGUAGACCUGCGCCGCCCACCUCCCUGCCCCUCCAAGGAGGCGGCAACCAGCGAAAGAAACUGUCGGCUCCCCGCAUCAGCCUUUCUCUGGACCAGAGCGAGGACGACUUGGGCGAGACACCAGAUGACCUUGAUAUCAACGUCGAUGACCUCGACACUCCAGAUGAAGGGGAUUACCUGGACUACACGGACCACGAGAUGGACUUGGACGAUCCCAAAGUGGCAUACCGAGGUCGGGCAACCGAGUCAUACGAAGCCAUCCCGACGUACGGCGCCGAGGACGAGCGUCAGGACGUCAAGCUGUGGCGAACGGUGGUCAUCGGCGAGCAAGAGCAUCGCAUCGACAUGAAAGUCAUCGAGCCCUACAUGCGAGUCAUCUCUCACGGAGGGUAUUACAGCAACGGCGUGAACGCCAUCAUCGUGUUUGCUGCUUGUUUCCUGCCAGACAGUGACAAAGAUGACUAUCAUGACAUUAUGGAGAACCUAUUCCUCUAUGUGAUCAGCACUUUAGAGCUAAUGGUGGCAGAGGACUACAUGAUUGUGUACCUGAACGGAGCCACACCUCACAGAAGAAUGCCAGGCCUGGGUUGGCUCAAGAAGUGCUACCAGAUGAUUGACAGAAGACUCAGGAAGAACUUGAAAUCCUUCAUCAUCCUGCAUCCAUCAUGGUUCAUCAGGACCAUCCUGGCCAUCACCAAGCCGUUCAUCAGCACUAAGUUCAGCAGCAAGAUCAAGUACGUGAGCAGCCUGGAUGAGCUGCAAGAGCUUAUCCCCAUAGAGAGUGUCCACAUCCCAGAGUGCAUCAUUAGACUGGACCAAGAGCUCAAAGUAGCAGCAGAGAAUUCCAAAGUGAAUAGUUUUCUGCUGGGAAGCGAGCCAACACGCAGAUCAAACGAGGCGGGUGCCAGCGCUCCUUAACUCGGAGGUCAACAUGCUUGUGUGUGUACGUGUGAUUGUGUUUUGUUGUGUGUGAGUGUGUAGUUUCUGAUGACAAGACAACUUUGAUGAAUCCGACUGGUACACGCACACAGCAGGCGGUCGCCGGUGAGUGAUGUCAUACAGUUGUGCGCGGACAGGAAGUGAAGCAAUAAUGAUGUCCCGUGCUCACGCAUAUCAGUAUUUCAGAGUAAGACGUGUGUUUUCAAAGUAAAAGCAUCUGGCGUCAUCCACCAAAUAUCACAAUUGAUUUGAUUGCGUAAUACACAUGUUAGAGUAUACACAUGCUGGACACUUCAUUAGGUACACAUGAACAGCCUUACAAUGACUUCACAUUAAAAAUCCGAAUGUUUUCUUUUUUUUUAUGGUUUUCAGUACGUGUUGUUAUUAUUAAUAUAUUAUAAAAUCAUAUAUCACACAUUCUAAAAAAAUAAUGUUUCUGAUGCUUUAAGACAUUGAAUACUUAUUUUUUUAUUUAAAAAAAAAAAAGUCUGAACUGUCUCUAGUGUUACUGUUGUCUUAUUUAGUUACAGGAAAAAGUUCAAGAUAUUAAAAACAAUCGUCAAUCAUAAGCAAAAUACAUACGUAGUAAAUAAAUCUCAGUGAAGAGUUCCUCCGGUUAUAGUAGAUGAUUUAGCUUCACAAAGGACUAAUAAAUCAACAACCCGCAUGUCCUAAUAAUGAGUAUUAACAAAAAAACCUCAAACAAUCGUCUUUAUGAUGAAUAAGCACAAUGUCUCAUCAAUGUGCGUGCGUGAUUGUGUGUGCCUUUUGUGCAUAGCAGUGCAUGUAGCCUCCUCGUCACGCAAACACUUGUAGUUCAAUAAACCAGACUUGUGUCUGA